UGCAAGGUUCGAGCUUGAGAAGCUUUCUAGGGUUUUAUGCUGAUUGUUCUUUACGUGUUUGGGAGAUAGAGAGAAAUGGAAAAUCUCGUCUCUUCAGGGGCAUUCAAGCUAUGCGAACAGAUGGUGUUGCUGGAGUUCCCUGACAAAUUUGUGAUAAGAUCCUUGGAUUCUCCCGAUGAAGCCUUCUCCAUCUGUCGUUCCGAUGGCAACAUUGAGACGCAAAUUGGUGAUUCAUAUUCUCGAAGUCAAUCGAAAGUUUCUAAAAUUUAUGGCGUGGUUGGAACAAUACGAUUACUUGCAGGAGCAUAUAUACUAAUAAUUACUUCUCAGAAAAAAGUUGGCACUUAUCUUGGUUUCCCCGUUUUCCGAGUUAUGUCAAUGAAGUUUCUGUCCUGUAACGAGGCUUUGCGGCAUUCAACUUCUCAGCAGAAAAGGGAUGAGGCUUACUUCAUGACUCUGUUGCGAACUGUGGAAUCAACUCCAGGCUUGUAUUAUUCAUAUGGAAUUGAUCUGACAUUGAACCUACAAAGAACAUUCAAAUUAACUGAGGAGAGGGCUAGCAAACCGCUUUGGAAACAGGCUGACCCUCGCUUUGUAUGGAACAGAAAUUUGUUGGAAGAGCUUAUUGAGUGUAAGCUUGAUCCAUUUAUCAUUCCUCUGGUGCAAGGAAGCUUUCAGAAUGUGCAGUUUAUGCUUAAAGAUGCUCCAGCAAAUAUUACUUUGAUCUCACGAAGGUGUACUUGGCGUUUAGGAACAAGAAUGUGGAGAAGAGGAGCUAACCUUGAAGGAGAUGCUGCUAAUUUUAUUGAGACUGAGCAAUUGCUGGAGUUGGGAGGUUUCAAAUCCUCAUUUUUGCUGGUUCGAGGUUCGAUUCCACUUCUUUGGGAGCAAAUUGUGGAUCUGAGCUAUAAGCCACGACUUAAAAUAAUUAAUCAUGAAGAAACAUUCAAAGUUGUGGAGCGCCAUUUUCAUGAUCUUACACAACGAUAUGGAGAAGUCAUGGUUGUGGAUCUAACUGAUAAACAUGGUGAUGAAGGUCAAUUAAAUACGGCGUUUGCUGCUGAGAUGCAAAAGAUUCCACAUGUGAGAUACGUUUAUUUUGACUUCCAUCACCAUUGCGGCAAUUCAAACCUUGAUAAUGUACAGCUUCUCUAUGAUCAAAUCUCUGAAGACUUUGAAAAGCAAGGAUACUUUCUCAUCGACUCAGAAGGAAAUGUACUAGCUGAGCAGAAAGGAAUUGUUAGGGUUAACUGUAUUGAUUGCCUGGAUCGAACCAAUGUUACCCAGAGUUACCUGGCUCGAGAAUCAUUAAACUCACAGCUGCGGAGGAUGGGUGCACUUUCUUCCACUGAGUGCAUAUCCAAGUUCAGUGAAUUUUAUGAAAAAUUCAAGACAUCAUGGGUUGAACAAGGAGACGAGAUAAGCCUGGAGUAUUCUGGGACACUUGCCAUGAAGAGUGACCUCGUGAGAUUUGGAAGGCAGACUGUGUCUGGGCUUAUUAAAGAUGGGAUGACUUCUCUGUCCCGAUAUUACUUGAAUAACUUCCAUGAUGGCAUCCGACAGGAUGCGAUGGAUCUUAUUAGCGGCCACUACACUGUAAAUGGAUCUAGUCCCUCCCCAUUCCAGCUGAAUGGAUUUGAAUCAUUCUCGUAUCUCCCAGUUGCAUCGGCUAUAUUAUUUGGGGGUCUUACACUGACAUCAUUCACCCUUAAUCAAGUCGGGCGAAAUGCACAGCAUUUUGUAUCUUCUGUACUUUGGGCUGGUUUGACGGCUGGUGUGAUGGCUGUGGUAAAAGCUAAUGGAAGGCAAUUCUGCUCCAGGCCUCGGUUGUGUGGGCUUUUUUAAAUUAAUUACAGUUGAUUAUGUAACUGUUAUUGGGAAGGAAGUUGUAUCAUCUGCAACUGAGAAAUAAUUAGCACAAAUUUGUACAAAAUGUAUGAUAACAAAUUUUCAUUAUGAUUAAAGGAAA